CUGAACUGCGACACUCUCCAAAGGAGAAUUUCCAGUCUGACAGCAGCUCAGAGAACAAGAUUGAAAUAAUGGAAGACCUUUAUGUGGCAAACACUAUCUUUGCACUCAAUUUGUUCAAGCAUGUGGCAAAAACAAAUCCCACCCAGAAUCUCUUCCUCUCUCCAUGGAGCAUCUCAUCCACUAUGGCUAUUGUCUACCUCGGUUCCAGGGGUAACACUGAAGACCAGAUGGCCCAGGUGCUUCAGUUCAACAAAGUUGGAGACUAUGAUGUUGCCACAGGGAGCCCAGAGAACUUCACUGGCUGUCAUUUCACCCAGCAGAUACAGAAGGAAACCUAUCCUGAUGCUGUUUUGAAGAUACCAGGAAGAGACAAAAUUCACUCAUCCUUCCAGUCUCUCAGUUCUGCUAUCAAUGCACCCACAGGGGAUUACUUAUUGGAAAGUGUCAACAAGCUGUUUGGGGAGAAGUCCAUGAGAUUUAAGGAAGAAUACAUCGAACUCUCUAAGAAAUAUUACUCUACAGAACCCCACGAAGUAGACUUUCAAAACUGUGCAGAAGAAGCCAGAAAAGAAAUUAACUCCUGGGUCAAUACUCAAACCAAAGGCAAAAUUGCACACCUGUUACCUGAAGGCUCUGUCGAUGAGAUGACCAAGAUGGUCCUGGUAAAUGCUGUCUAUUUCAAAGGAAAAUGGAAGACUCCAUUUGAGAAGAAACUUAACAGACUUUAUCCUUUCCGUGUGAACGCGACACAACACAUACCUGUGCAGAUGAUGUACUUGCGUGAAAAGCUGAACAUAGGCUAUAUAGAGGACCUAAAGGCUCAGAUCUUAGAACUCCCCUAUGUAGGACAUGUCACCAUGUUCCUGCUGCUUCCAGAUGCAGUUGCAGAAGAGUCCACUGGGUUAGCAUUGCUGGAAGAUGAGAUAAAUUUUGACACUUUCAACAAGUGGACCAGCAAAGACACACUAGUUGAAGAUGAUGUAGAGGUCUAUAUGCCCCAGUUCAAAUUAGAAGAGCAUUAUGAACUCAAAUCCAUUCUGAGGAGCAUGGGCAUGGUGGACGCCUUCGAUAAGAGCCAGGCCAACUUCUUAGGAAUGUCUGAGGGGAACGAUCUGUUUCUUUCUGAGGUGUUCCAUCAAGCCACAGUAGAUGUCAAUGAAGAGGGCACAGUAGCAGCUGCUGGUUCUGGAGCCAUAAUGACAGGGAGAACGGGUCAUAGCGGUCCUCAGUUUGUGGCAGACCAUCCUUUCCUCUUCCUUAUCAUGCACAAAAUAACAAAGAGCAUCUUAUUUUUUGGCAGAUUCUCUUUGCCUCCAAAUUGAAAAAUUCUCAUUUGACCCAAAGAUUUGACCACAGGAGAUAUAAGCUUCAGAAUUGUUAUUUUCAGUGCCAACAAGUUAAAAACUUUUUCUGCCUAUUUCUGUUCUUCUGAACAACUUCUGUUACACACUAAGUAUAAACUCAGAAACUCCCACACAAUGGCCAAUCAUAACAUGUCAGCAUCAUUAAGCAUUUGCUCUCCUAAUCAACUUGAUGCCCAAUAAGUUCUUCCUUACUUCUAGUUUAUUUUAUAGUAUUAACUUUUACUGUGUUAUUUAUUAUUUUAUGUAAUGUUUUUAUUAUUGCUCACUGUCUAAUAUAACUGAGAAAGGUACAGAGGCAGGUAAUCAGUUCAUUUUGCAUCUAAAGAAAUGUAUUCACUCAUUCACUCAAGGAAGGUGAGUAGAUGUUUUUCUAUGCUGUACCAUAAUAAAUACUUAGAAAAAGCACCAAACAAUGGGUAAAUAUAUGUUAUGUGCAUUUCUAACAUUAUAUAUCACAUAUGUGUAUCUACAACUCAUGUAGAAAUUCAAACAUAUAAUAAAUUAACAUGUUUUCUCAUAA